UUCAUGCAGGUUCAUAGUACAAGGUGCUGCCAUCCAUUUUCCAUCAUCUUGGAUUUGUACUCGUUCCAGUUCUAAACCGCAGCCACAGGAACUCCAAGAAAGGUCAUUUUGGCGCGAAUUUGAUUGCUGGUUUGGUUUUGGAUUAAUAUAUUUCUUUUAUUUGUGUACAACUGUUUCUUGACUGAAACGAAGCACACAUCAUGUCGAAGAAGAAAGGUCUAAGUUUCGAGGAAAAACGUCACAGAUUGCAGCAGUUGUUCUUUGAAAAGAAAGAUUUUUUCCAGCUGAAAGAACUUGAAAAAAUAGCUCCUAAAGAGAAAGGAAUAACUUCCAUGUCAGUAAAGGAAGUUUUGCAAAGUCUAGUUGACGAUAACCUWGUUGACACSGAAAAAAUUGGUACAUCUGUUUACUUUUGGUCAUACCCAAGCAAGGCYAUGCAUACAGUAAGUGUACAUUUUUGAAAGAUGAUAAACGAUGUCUUUAGAGCAAGAGUGCAUAUUUUGUUGGGCUAUAAAGAUUUU